CGCUAGCUGGGCAGGACCCCGCGCUAGCUGGACUGGACGAUGGAAGCUGUAACGGUGUUGGGGUUGGAUUUAUCGGGCUGCAGAUGAUGGAGCACCCCGGCGGCCCUUCUUCCACGCCGACUUCUUGCUCCCCUCCUCCAGACAUCUUCGGCCCGGGUUUCCACAUGGCAGCCCAACACCAGCACUCCAUCUUGGGCGAGCAGGUGAACGUGAUAGGAUGCCGAAAGAGGAGUGUGAACAUGACCGAGUGUGUGCCGGUGCCCAGCUCGGAACACGUCGCUGAAAUCGUUGGCAGACAAGGCUGCAAGAUCAAGGCCCUGCGAGCAAAGACUAACACAUACAUCAAGACCCCGGUGCGCGGCGAGGAGCCCAUGUUCAUUGUGACGGGGCGCAAGGAGGAUGUGGAGAUGGCCAAGAGGGAGAUCCUGUCUGCCGCUGAGCACUUCUCCAUGAUCCGGGCCUCCAGGAACAAAGCCAGCGCGGCGGGGCUAGUGGGAGCGCCUGUCCCUGGACCCCCCAACCUGCCAGGUCAGACCACCAUCCAGGUGCGUGUGCCCUAUCGCGUCGUGGGGCUGGUUGUGGGGCCCAAGGGAGCCACUAUCAAGAGGAUCCAGCAGCAGACUCACACCUACAUCGUCACGCCCAGCCGGGACAAGGACCCGGUGUUCGAGGUGACGGGCAUGCCGGAGAAUGUGGACCGCGCCCGGGAGGAGAUCGAGACGCACAUCACGCUGCGGACCGGUGCCUUCGUGGACCUGCAGGGAGACAACGACUUCCACAGCAACGGCACGGACGUCAGCCUGGAUGCCUCUGGUCUGAUGGUGGGGGCGGGGCUGUGGGCGCGGCCCACCAACAGCGGGCACGGCGCAACCACCUCCGCCACUCGCAAGAUCGCCACCGCAGCCUUCCGCAACGGCAGCCUGAGCUCGCUUGGCUCGGGCUCCACAGAGUCGCACUACAGCAGCGCCGGGGGCCGCGUCGCUGACACCAGCCCGACCAGCCCCUUCAGCACCGGCAGCGCUGGUGGGGGGGGAGCAGGAGGGGGCUUCGUGUUCGGAGGUGACCCCCACGCCGCUGUCCCGCCCGCUGACGACCUGGGAUUCGAGUUCACCAGUGGAGCAGGCAACAUCUGGGCUCCUUUUGUCAACGGCUUGUCUCGGACUACGUGUCAGCAGCAGCAGCAGCAAAGGCGCAACAGCGGGCUGAGCGCAGGGGCCCUCACUCCCCGGCUGUCCCCCACACUGCCAGAGUCUGUGGUUCUGGAUCACCCGCUGGCCCGCAGAGCCCAGAGUGACCCUCUGAGCGCCAUCUCCUGGCUGCACAGCAACGGCUCUGCUGCAUCUUCCUUUUCUGGCAGCACCACCGGCUAUUCCUCUGCCUCAUCCCUGCCAGGCAGCCUGUCCUCUGCAGCCUCCGGUGGCUCCCCCACCGACUCAGAAGGGGGCGUGCUGGGGCGCCUGAAGAGCGCACGGGAGUGCUCAGUCUGCUUUGAGAGCGAAGUGACGGCCGCCCUCGUCCCCUGUGGACACAACCUGUUCUGCAUGGAGUGCGCGGCUCAGAUCUGCAAGUCGGCUGAGCCAGAGUGCCCAAUCUGCCACACCCCGGCUACCCAGGCCAUCCGUAUCUUAUUAUAACAGAUGAAAUAAACAGGGGGAGAGAGAUGAGAGAAGAAAAGAAAGAGAGAGACUUACUAUCCUAUCUGACCCAGCUGCUGCACAUCCAACGAUCCCAGAAAAAAAUAGACGCAAAACACUCUACUACGACUACUGCUACCACAUAGAAACAUUUAUAAGACAUACUUAAACUUGUGUAUUAGUAUUAUUAAUAUUUCGGACUGCAGAAGGUAUAAUAUUGCCCAGAUAAACGAAGAACGUUUACUCAGACACACAAAAGCUUGAUGAUUUUGAGGGAUUGGAUGGGAGGGGUUAUCAGUCCAAUGCUUCUGUUUCUGAAAGUCUUGGCAAGUCUUGAACAGCAUUCAGUCAGGAGUUUUAAUAAACAGGAAAGGUCCAAUGCACUUUUUUUUUUUUUUUAAAUAUAA